UGUCAGCCAGUAUCUUAUUUGUAAGCGCUGAGUCAUAUUGGAGGAUCUGGCAGAAACUUUGCACAACAGGAAACAAGUUCACUGUUUAUUAACCUACAUCGUAGCUUGUCCUAAUUCUCAAUUGGCAGGCGAGUGACAAGUGUUACGCUCUCUGAAGACGAAACGUGAGGAGGAGGUGGCGCUGUUAUUAGCCACUUGCCCCACACAUUUCACUUUUCCCGCACUGGAGAGGAAACCGAUUCACAACGAAACUGAAGUAAUGUUUGAUUGUUCGCAUGUUUUUCCCCCAUCGCGGAUACUGAUUUUGGAUAUUAAAUAAGCUACUGGACCUGACGCCAGAUAAAGUCUGACCACAAGAAUGCGCUUGGCGGGAGCGCACUGUUGGCGAGGUGUCCCUUGCGCCACCAUCGGGAUUUCGUCGUCGUGAUGUUCAACACCUCUGGCUUUGAUCCCACUUACAGUCCGGGAGAAUAUGUGUCGGAAGUUAUCGAUGGCACAGCACUUCAUUUCUACGACCUUACGGGUCCCACGAUUAUGCCAAAUAAGUCGUGCGGGGAAGAACUUCUUGACUUCGGUACAGCGCAAAGAAUUUUCAUUGGGGUGAUGCUUGCUGUUAUUACAGCGGUCACUGUAAUGGGGAACACUCUGGUGGUGAUAGCCGUCUGCGUUGUAAAGAAACUCAGGAAACCUUCGAACUACCUGCUAGUAUCCCUGGCCGUCGCAGACCUCUCUGUAGCUCUUGUAGUGAUGCCCUUUGUGAUAGUGACGGACCUAACUGGGGGCAAGUGGCUUUUUGGGGAGGUGUUCUGCAACAUCUUCAUUGGCAUGGAUGUAAUGUGCUGCACGGCCUCUAUAAUGACCCUGUGCGUGAUCAGCGUGGAUAGAUACCUGGGCAUCACAAGACCUCUGACCUACCCAGCCCGACAGAACGGGCAGCUGAUGGCCAAGAUGAUUCUGGGCGUGUGGCUGGCGUCCGCCUCCAUCACCCUGCCCCCGUUCUGCGGCUGGGCCAAGAAUGUGAACACCGCCGGGCUGUGCCUGAUCAGCCAGGACAUCAGCUACACCAUCUACUCCACCGCUGUAGCCUUUUACAUCCCCAUGGCCGUCAUGCUCAUCAUGUACUACAAGAUCUUUCGGGCCGCCCGCAAGAGCGGCGCCAAGCACCGAUUCGCCGACUUCUCCCGCCGCGAGCACCUGGACACGGUGGCCAGCGAGACCCUGAAGAUGCAGGGCCUGAAGCAGCCGGGCAUGGCCGGGGAGUGCGCCGCCCUGUCGCGGCUGCUGAGCCGUGAGCGCCGCAACAUUUCCAUCUUCAAGCGGGAGCAGAAGGCGGCCACCACGCUGGGGGUGAUUGUGGGCGUUUUCUCCAUCUGCUGGCUGCCCUUCUUCAUCCUGUCCACCGCCCGGCCCUUCAUCUGCGGGGUGGAGUGCAGCUGCGUGCCCAUCUGGCUGGAGCGCAUUUUGCUGUGGCUUGGCUAUGCUAAUUCCCUCAUGAAUCCCUUCAUCUACGCCUUCUUUAACCGAGACCUGCGCUCCACUUACAAGGACCUGCUGCGAUGCCGCUACCGCAACAUCAACCGCCGACUCUCUGCCGUGGGCGUGCACGAGGCCCUCAAGCAGAUAUAUGCCACGGCUGCUUAUGACAUCACAGAGCCUCAUUCUGUGGCCGGGGCGGAGAGAUCUGAGGCCAGGGUCCUGGUUCCCCAGGCAAGCGACGCUGCAGGAACACAGAUCCGACUGGCGCUUAACAUUUGCUCAUGUUGAUGAAGGUUUGUCAACUGCCCUAUGGGGGAGGACACGGCAUCUGCGAAAGGCUGCCUCUCAUCCAGGCGACAGGCAAAGCUACAAUUCAUGCAGUGAAUCUGAGCUGUGAAUUGCGCUGUUUGAAAUGAUGCACACCUUUUUAAAUUACCGUUCCCAUCAUUGAGUUCAUCGUUUCAUUAAUCAGAUUCAAGGUGCAUAGUUUGGUGCUCCUUUCGAUCAAUUUAUCCAUUUCCCACAAUUAAUAAAUGACUAUUAAUUAUUUUACAUCCAUUGAUUUUUAAAAAAAUAGAUAGAAUAGCCUUCUAUUCUCUGGAAAUCUAAGGCUAAUAUGAGAUAGUUAUAAAAAUUUGAUUCAGGGACAUGAAGAUAAAGCAAGACAUUCUAAAAACAAGAAGAGAACUGAGGUAUUGUUUAAAUGUCAGGGUUUAAUUAAACAUAAUGCAUUCAACAUGGCUCCAACUACAGGCCCCAGUCAGGAUAUCAUGAAAAGGUAAAUCAUCUUCAACACAAAGCCUGGAUGCGUAGCUGGAAAGUGACAGUUAUCCCUUUCCCCCUGCAAUAAUUUUAUAUUCAUCAGGGGUGCGUAGCAUAUGAAAUAUUGAGUGUUUGGUCAUAAAUCUUCAUAAGGCCAGUCAUGAAUGAAUGAUGUGCCUGUCCUGUUAUCUUUAUCACUGAGACGAGCUGGGCCAUGACUGGACCACAGACCCCCAAAAAGAAAGCCUGUCUCUGUCUAAGCUUUGGCUCCAACAACAUGACAUUUAAAGAAAACCAUAAUGACCAAACAAAUAAUAACAAUAAUCUAAUUCUUCUAGAGAACAGAGAAAAAAGAUUACAAUCAAAGCAAUAGUGCCAAUGCUUUUUUGUGGUGAAAGAGUACAUGCAACAUUGAUGUUACGCACAGGGACUUUGGUCCUGCUUUGGAAAACCACUGUGGUGAUUUAAUGAAAUAUUGAGAAAGGCAAACCAUUCAGUUGAUCUGAACUCAAACUGCAGUUGCUUUGAAUAAACUGAAAAAUAGCAACCAAUUACCAAUUUUCAAGAGAUUAGAUGCAAAGAUACUGUGAUGCUGUGAGCGCAUUUAUGUUGGCAUAACUGUGAACACCCAUUUUGAGCUGGAUUACAUUCGCCUAUCUUUGGAUCCUUGUCCAGUGUAUGUGUCUCCUAUUGGUUAAUUUGUGGUUUUUGGGGCGGGGGGUGGGGGAGACACGUUCUUUGGCAUAAGUUAAUGCAAUUGUGUAAUCGCAGGUGGAAGGUGGAAUCCCCAGUUAUCAGUAGGUCCCAAGUUUCCAUUUCACUUUAUUGCUGUACAAUGUGAUGCCAGCGUUCAUUACCGGGAAUAGCCACGUCUACAAGUUUCACAACCAAGGGGUUGGUCUUUACCAACACAACAAUAAAAUUGGUUUAAGUUUG